AUGUCAGUCGACACCAGCGUCAAGACGAAGGUAGCGCCCGUCGUGGCCGAACCGCGUCCGAUCAAAAAAAUUCAUUAUCCGUUCUGGUUCGGUGGUUCAGCCUCAUGCUUUGCCGCCGCCGUUACACAUCCAUUGGACCUUGCUAACCAAACCGUCUCGGAAAAGGUCCGCUUACAAACGCGUGCUCCUGGAGCACCAACGUCCAUGCUGGGUACAUUCGUUCAUGUCUUCAAAAACAAUGGGGCCCUGGGCCUGUAUAGCGGUCUAUCUGCAGCCAUCCUGCGCCAGAUGACCUACUCGACGGCCCGAUUCGGCAUUUACGAAGAAUUGAAAUCGCGAUUCACCGGCCCCAGCGCACCUCCAAGCUUGCCGAACCUGCUAUGGAUGGGAUGCGUUUCUGGUUUCCUGGGUGGAAUUGCCGGGAAUCCCGCCGACGUGCUGAAUGUUCGUAUGCAGUCUGACGCCGCGUUGCCUCCGGACCAACGACGAAACUACAAACACGCAGUUGAUGGAUUGAUCCGAAUGACCCGCACUGAGGGUGUCACAAGUUUGUUCCGUGGCGUGUGGCCCAAUUCUACGAGAGCCGUGCUCAUGACGGCCUCUCAGCUAGUCACGUACGACAUAUUCAAGCAAAUAUGCACGGCUCAAUUGGGCAUGCCCGACAGUAUUUUAACGCAUUUCACGGCCUCGAUAGCAGCCGGCUUCGUCGCAACAACGGUGUGCAGUCCCGUCGAUGUCAUUAAGACGCGUGUUAUGAGCGCUUCCUCAGCCGAGAGCAAAAGCAGCAUUACGCACUUGUUAAAAGAUAUCUAUCGGAAAGAGGGUAUCUCAUGGAUGUUUAGAGGCUGGGUUCCAGCCUUUGUCCGCCUUGGACCGCAUACGAUCGCCACAUUCCUAUUUUUGGAGGAACAUAAGAAGCUCUACCGCAAGAUCAAGGGCUUAUAG